AUGUAUGCAAAUACUUAGUUAAGUAUUGUAAGUCAUAAAUAUAUUAUAUUUAUUUCAAAAAAAAUUCAAGUUUUUUAAUGCUUACUCGCUCUUCCUGAUCAAUAUCAUACGAAUCCUUGUAUUAUGCUUCAUAUAAACCAAAAUAAACAAAUGAAGCAGAGGUUAUCCUUUUUUCAAAUUUACUUAUUUCUUCAAUAAAAUUUUUGUAUAAUUAUUCCCAUUAAUUGUCUCCCUCAUAAUUGUACAAUUAUCUAUAAUGCUAGUGGAGGUUAUAAAUGUAAUUUGAAAGACCACUUUUUGUGCUAUUUGGUCCAGUUAAUCCCCAACUAGUUAAAUUACUUUCGAAUUCUUCUAAGUUUUUCAUACUGUUUAGAGAAUCUUAGAUUAAAUCGAUUCCUAUUUAUGAUAAAUUUUUAGCGAUCCUUCCAAGUGGAUAAGUGA